CCAACUAUCGCAUGCCAUAAUACCGAUAAUAGCGUCUUGUGUUAGUUUCAGGGUCUGAAUUUUCAACUUUGAAUCUCGCAACAGAGCAGAUAAUUAAGAAACAUAGAGUGAUGAUGGCGAGGAAAGUUGCAGUCCUGCCUAUUGUGGGGAUGGUAAUGGCAGAGUGUGCACAGGCUGGGCGUAUGAUAUUAGGCAAGGCAGCCAUGUCAAAUGGCAUGAGUAGUUUCGUCUUUGUUCUCUACUCUAAUGCCAUUGCCUCCCUCAUCCUCCUCCCUUCUUUUCUCUUUCACAGAUCAUCAGAGAGGCCUCCACUCACCCUGUCAAUUGUCUCUGGAUUCUUCUUGCUUGGUCUUUUUGGUUGCUUGGGACAGAGCUUUUGUUAUGCUGGCAUUAACCUCAGCUCUCCUACACUUGGCACUGCUAUGCUCAACCUUGUCCCUGGUCUUACCUUCAUGCUUGCCAUUAUUUUCAGGAUGGAAAAUGUUGACUGGAAAAGUUACAGCACCCUAGCUAAAUCUAUGGGAACCGUAGUAUCAAUUGGAGGGGCAUUUAUUGUUACUUGCUACAAGGGUCCCCUACUUCUGAAGGCACGACCCUCUGUUACAAAGUCAUCUCAUCAGGUUCUCUUGCAACAGUCCAAUUGGGUUCUUGGAGGAUUGCUCAUGGUAGUUGACUGUGCUACGGCUUCUUCAUGGCUUAUAGUACAGGCAUUGAUCCUUAAAAAGUACUCAGCAAAGUUGAUUGUGGUUUUUUUUCACUUCUUCUUUUCGACCAUAUUGUCUUCAAUAGUUUCUGUGGUCAUGGAAAGAGACCCCUCUGCUUGGAGCUUAAACUCUAAUAUAAGAUUGAUUGCUGUUCUCUUCUCGGGAAUCUUGGGCAAUGCAUUCGAAAUUGGUGUUACAGCAUGGUGUCUACACAAGACAGGUCCUGUGUUUGUUGCUAUAUUUGCACCCUUGGGGAUUGUCAUCGCAGCUGCAGCAAGUGUCAUCUGCUUUGGGGACGCUCUGGAUCUUGGAAUUGUGGUUGGAGCUGCUAUAAUAGCCAUUGGAUUUUAUGCAGUGAUUUGGGGGAAGGCCCAAGAAGAGAUCAAGAAAGUUGAAGACAAGGAAAAUUGUGGCUCCGCCUCAUCCUCUCAGAAAGUCCCUUUUCUGCAAAAUAGAAGCAAUGAUCAUGCGUAGCAAGGUAAUAUCAAUGGAAAUGCACAGGAAAUAUAAACACAAGACACCCUCGAAACAAUCUAGUCUGUUCAAGAAGUUGAGGAAACAGUUCAGUUUGACAAGGAAAUAGCCUUUCUUGCUACUUCCUACAGCAUCUGAUGAUUGUACCAGCUCAAGGAAGCGGACAGCCAUAGAGAGGGUGGUUGCAGUGGAGGGAUGGAAUAGGGUAAAAUAAAGCAAUUCCAUCAUUGAUUAAUCUUCAGGGAUAAUAAAAUGCAUGGAAACUCUUCAUGUCUUCGUUGAGGUCGCUUAGCAUUAGCAGGCAGGGCCCUGCCCUGUUCUUUGGGAGUUUUUUUUAGCUGAUGAUUGUAAUUUUAACAGAUUGUAUUGUAGCUUGCAUUGGAAUUUCCG